AUGAGUGGUCGAGGAAAAGGUGGUAAGGGACUUGGGAAGGGGGGCGCCAAGCGUCACCGUAAAGUCCUCCGUGAUAACAUCCAGGGGAUCACAAAGCCCGCGAUUCGUCGCUUGGCCCGCCGAGGCGGCGUGAAGCGCAUUUCCGGUCUGAUCUACGAGGAAACUCGUGGCGUGCUGAAGGUUUUCCUGGAGAACGUUAUCCGUGAUGCUGUAACUUACACUGAGCAUGCUAAGAGGAAAACUGUGACGGCCAUGGACGUAGUGUACGCCCUGAAAAGACAGGGACGCACUCUGUACGGCUUUGUGGGCCCUUACACCGGCCAGUCAUUCAUUCAUUCUGUGACUCUAAGUCAGGGAAAGAUGCCUGAACCCGCGAAGUCAGCGCCCAAGAAGGGCUCCAAGAAAGCCGUCACCAAAACUGCCGGCAAAGGAGGAAAGAAGAAGAGAAAGACAAGGAAGGAGAGCUACGCCAUCUAUGUCUACAAGGUGCUCAAGCAGGUCCAUCCCGACACCGGGAUUUCUUCCAAGGCGAUGAGCAUCAUGAACUCCUUCGUCAACGACAUCUUCGAGCGGAUCGCCUCUGAGGCCUCCCGCCUGGCCCACUACAACAAGCGCUCCACCAUCACCUCCAGGGAGAUCCAGACGGCUGUUCGCCUCCUGCUGCCCGGUGAGCUGGCUAAGCACGCCGUGUCUGAGGGCACCAAGGCUGUCACCAAGUACACCAGCUCC